UUUAUUUUUUUUUUACAGAAUUGAUGAUAUCCAAGAUAAUUCCAUUUUGCGAAGAGGAAGUCCUGUCGCUCAUUCUGUUUAUGGAAUUGCUAGCUCACUAAAUGCUGCAACCUAUUUAUUAUUUAUCGCAUUGGAGAGAAUUGUUAAUUUGCAUCCUGCAGCGACAAAAGUGUAUAUGGAACAAAUGUUGGAAGUAUUUAGAGGUCAAAGAAUAGAAAGUUUUUGGCGGGACAAUCUUAUUUGUCCAAGUGAGGGAGAAUACCGUACUAUAGCAAUGAAAAAGGCUGGUGGUUUCUUUAAUUUAAUAGUAAAAUUAAUGACAUUAUUCUCAACAUACAAAGAAGAUUUAUCAUCGCUAAGUAUUAUUUUGGGUUUGCACUUUCAAAUACGGGAUGAUUAUGGCAUAUUGUAUAGCGAUAACUAUACCGAAAAUAAGAGUUAUUGCGAUGACUUGAGUGAAGGAAAGUUCAGCUUUCCCAUUGUUCAUGCGCUUACAACGAAUCCUGAUGAUAAGCAAAUAAUAUAUAUUUUGAAACAACGAACCAGAGAAAUCGAAUUGAAACGUCAUUGCGUUAAAUUGUUGAAGAAAUUUGGCUCUUUCAAGUACACAAAAAAUGUACUUGAAGACUUGGACGUGAAAGCGAGAGCUGAGAUAGAACGUUUAGGAGGCAACCCGCUUUUGACAGAACUUUUAAACGAGCUCAAGAAUUUGGAUUAUUGGAACUAAAGAAGCACCAAAGAUUUUUCAACUGGAACAUUUUAAAGUUGACUGGCAUCACACAGCCCGCUAACAAUAAGACAUGUUACAACAAGUUACAACAACAUACGAAUAGUAGUUAUUAUUACAUAUAUAACUUAUCAAAUAUUUUUAUUGAUUUGGGUAAGUUUAUUAAUUUAAAGAUUAAUACACUUCAAUUAAAUGCUCAUUACUUAUAUAAUCUUGUUUAUUAAUAAUUGUUUGUUAUACAAAUAACUUUUGCGCAUCUAUGAUUCAUGUUAUUCAAGUGGAAAAUAUUUUUCUUACAAUUAAUAAUAAUGGAAAAAAAUAAUAAUGGAAAGUUGAAAGACACUUCUUCUUAAACAAACAUUUUUGCAUAAAUCAGUUUUUCUAUAUUUUUCUAUUAUUAUUAUUAUUUUAUGCGUAUAAAAGUAAUGUUACUUUAAUACGUAUAAAACUAGUAAUGUAAAUUCAUCGAAAAACGAAUGCUUUAUGAAAUAUUAUAUGCUUUAAUAUUAGAAAGAAUAUAUAAAAUAUCAAAUAU